AUGGCAUGGAGUGUUCGAACAUGUAGAACAUUAUCAUUAUCUAUAGGUUAUUUUUGUAUAUUUGUCUUUUUUGCAUUGACAACUUAUGUUGUUUAUGUUUUUUAUAAAACAAUUGUUCCAAGUGUACUUCACAAAAGAGAAUAUAAAAAAUUUGCUUUUCACUUUGUAUUCGGUAAUUGGCUUGCAAUCAAUAUUUAUUUUAAUUAUAUUAUGGCAUGGUUAUCUUCACCUGGUCUAGCAAAAGAUUAUCAAAAUUUAACAACACAAUAUCCUAAAUGCAAAAAAUGUUCAGUGAAUAAACCACCUCGUACUCAUCAUUGUAGUUGGUGUAAUGCAUGUAUUUUAAAAUUUGAUCAUCAUUGUCCAUGGCUCAAUAAUUGUGUUGGUUUUUAUAAUCAUCGAUAUUUCUUUCAAUUUUGUUGUUUUAUGACUAUUGGAUGCAUGUAUGCUGGUUUUUUUGGUUAUCGUGAAUAUCAAAUUGCUCUACUUGGAGAACAAAUAUUCUAUUAUAAAGAUUCUUUUUUAAAACCAUUUGUUAUUCUUGAUACAAUGGAAAUACCUGGCUUUAUAACAUAUUUUAUUUUUAUUGCUGCAUUAACAUGUGGUAUAUUAAUCAUGGGUCUUAUUUGUUGGCAUGGACGAAUGCUAAGUAAAGGUGUGACAUCACUUGAACGUGUACUUAAUUUCCAUCAUGCUCGUGAAUGUUAUCGGCAAGGUUUUAUUUUUGUUAAUCCUUAUGAUUUUGGUUGUAUAGAAAAUUGGAAACGAUUUUUUGGUGUACGUACGAUAGGUGAAUUUAUUCGACGAGUUCUUUUGCCAAGUAUACAUAAACCAGAAGGUGAUGGAAUCACAUGGGAUGGUUUUAAUGUUAAUACUAAUAUAGAAUUACAUCAACAGAAGUGUAAACAAACAACACGACCUAUUGUUUCUCCUCCAGGUAUGCAUCCCAAUUUUCCUGGUGCUUAUCGAAUUAAUAGAUAUCGAUCUGUUGUACCAGUAUGGGAAAAGCGAAACAAUGCAACUAAUAUUUCGACUGUUUACCAGCCAAAAAUACCAUUAACAGAAACAGUAGAUUCAAGGAAAGAGCGUUAA